AGUACAAUUUCAUAAGUAGAAGUACUGUUGAGCAGAUCCUUGAAGACUAUGUAAAUAGUCUUCUAGUGGCAAAGCAUAAGAAGGCUUUAAUUAACCAUGAACUGUUAAAUAAAAUAAAAAAUGUUCUUAUGGAUCCUAAAAACACUUCUCUCUAUAAUAAGAAUAUGCGAGUUUGGGCUAAGAAACGAUUUCAGCUCGAAGAAAUAGUUUCUGGUGACUAUCGGGUGAUUGUAAAAGCAACCAAUAACCCAGUAUUAAUUACAGAAAAUAAGUAUGAAAUUCUCUGUCAACAAGAUAUAAUCGAACAAUUUGUAAAUCACUGCACAAUUUGUGCUGUUCAGAAGCUGACUUUUCAUCCUCUAGCUGCCAAACCAAUUAUUGCAAAAAAUUUUCUAUCUCACCUUCAAGUAAAAGCUCUUACUUCCAAAAGAGCAAUCGAAGUGGCAGCCUAUUUGUUUGACCUUGUUCAUAUGAUUAGAUCAUCUUCUGUAAUUUUACAGUCAGAUAAUGGAAAAGAGUUUUGUGCAGAAGUUAUUAAAGAGCUCAUUAAAUUAUGGCCAUCACUCGGCAAGUGGAAAGAAGAAACUGGUCGCAGUGACUGGUCAUUUGGCUUACGAUUAGUUAUUACAACUAUAAACAGUUCUUGGUAUCAGUCUCAUAAAAAGACUCCUUAUGAACUUGUUUAUGGUAUGAAGCCCUGUGGUAACUGCGUAUUAGUCAAUGAUUUGUUUGAAAGGAAUAUUUGUGAUGAAGAAGAAAUUCCAGAUACUAUUGAUAUUCAAUGUGAUUCUGAUACAAACCUGGAUGAUGAUAUGGAUAAUUUUCCAGAAUCUUUAUUUCAAGAAUUGAAUGAUGCAGAAAGAAACUCAGAAUCUUUAUACUUACAAUUGGAUAAUGAUGAUAAUAGUUUGG